AUGGCAGCCACUCUCGAAGAAACGAAUGUCAGCUACGAGGAGCUGGCCGAUCUCGAGCAUGAGUUUGACGAGGUCGAGACGGAGAUCAUCCGUCAGCAGUACAGCCUCUCCAAGCCGCUCUACGCCAGGCGCGCCGAGCUGGUCAGCAAGAUCCCCAACUUCUGGCCGCUCGUGCUCGAGCAGGCGCCCAUGGACAUCGACGAGUACAUCCAGCCGUCGGACUCGGCGCUGCUCCUGUCUGCGCUCAAGUCGAUCUCCGUGAGCCGCUUCGAGCUCGACGAGGACGAGAAGAAGGGCGACCCGCGCAGCGUCGCCAUCCGGUUCGAGUUCGCCGAGAACGAGCACUUCGAGGACACCGUGCUGGAGAAGAAGUUCUGGUGGCGCAUGGGCAAGGACGGGUUUGCCGGCCUUGUCAGCGAGCCCGUCGAGAUCAAGUGGAAGAAGGGCAAGGACCUGACGGACGGGCUGCUGGGGCUUGUCAAGGCCGUCUUCGAUGAGCAGCGGGCCAAGCCGAAGCAGGAGACCAAGGGCAAGAAGGAGAAGGUGGAGCUGACGGAGAAGCAGAAGGCGCUGAAGGAGAAGAUUGACCAGACCGGCAUGGGCGGUGUCAGCUUCUUCGCCUUCUUUGGCUACGUCGGGGAGUGGGUCUCUGCUGAGGAGAGCAGGCAAGCGCUCGAGGAGGAGAAGGAGGAGCGGAGGAAGAGGAAGGCUGGUGAGAAGGUGGAAAAGAAGCAGGAUGAGGACGUUGAGAUGGAUGACGAUGACGAACUCGACGACGACGACGAAGAUGACGACGAUCUGGAGAUCUUCCCGGCUGGCGAUGUGGUUGCCAUGGCCAUCGCAGAUGAUCUGUGGCCCGGUGCGCUCAAGUAUUUCAUCCAAGCUCAGGAGCAGGAUUCAAUGAGUGAUCUUGAAUUCGAGUCGGACGACGAGGAUGAGGAUGAGGAUGAUGACGAGGAGGGCAACGAUGGAAGGCCGCACAAGAAGCAGAAGGGCUGCAAGGAUGGCUGCAAGCAUUGA